AUGGAUCCGGACACACUGGGCUUCGAUAUUCAAGAUACUCAAGCAUAUGCUGCAUUUACAGAAGAUUCACCCAGCUUGCUGAUGACAGCGACGACAGUUCCGGACCUUCAAGGCAAAAGUUACAUGGCGUUCAAACUCACUGCUCAGGAUUGGACCAAGAUUGAAUUGAUGAAAGAUGUAUUGCAGGAGCCAGCAAAUGCCCAGCAAACAUUCUCGGCAACUCACGAGCCCACUGUUUGGCGUACAAUCCCUGUCCUUGAAUUUCUUCAAGAGACAUGGGAGAAUAUGGCUGAGUCUUUGAAAUUCAGUAGUGUGUCAAGCUCCAUCCACUUGGGCAUCAACAACUUGCAUAAAUGGUAUUGUAAAGUUGACAACACUGACACUUAUUUCAUUUGUCUCGUCCUCGAUCCUACUUAUAAGCUUGCAUAUGCCAAGGACAAGUGGGAGGCUAGGUACUACAAUGCAGGUACCAUGGAGUGGCUUCCCCACCCGCUGCUGCUUCAGAUGCAGUAUCAGUUCGAACGUGUUCAGAAUGUGAACCUGACCCCCUAA